CGGCGGCGGGGAGCGGACCGCUCGGAGCCGCGCAGGGGAGCGGGACCGUGGAGAAGGAGGAGGCGGCGGAGGAGGAAGGGACCGGUGCGGGGGCGGGAGAGCGCGGCGGAAGCCGGAGACGGCGGGUGGGCCGGUGGCUGGCCCCGGGCGGGGAGCCGGGGCGGCGGCGGCGGCGGCCGAGAGGGACCGCGGCGAGGGAAGCGCAUCCAGCAGCCCCGGCGCAGCGGCGGCGGCGGGGACCCGGGUCUGCGCGCCCGGGCGGCCGGCGGGCGCGGGCCGGCGCGAUGGAGCCGCAGCACGUGCGCCCCGCGCCCGGCGCCCGCAGCCCAGCGUGGGAGGAACCGGAGUCGGAGAGGAUGGCAGGGGCCGGAGGCCAGCACCACCCUCCGGGCGCCGCUGGAGGAGCGGCCACCGGAGCCGGCGCCGCGGUCACCUGUGCCGCUGCCUCGGCGGGGCCGGGAGAGGAUUCGUCUGACAGCGAAGCGGAGCAAGAGGGACCCCAGAAACUGAUCCGCAAAGUGUCCACCUCGGGGCAGAUCCGGACCAAGACCAGUAUUAAAGAGGGACAGCUAUUGAAGCAAACCAGUUCUUUCCAAAGGUGGAAAAAGCGAUACUUCAAACUUCGAGGCCGCACCCUUUACUAUGCAAAGGACUCAAAGUCUCUGAUAUUUGAUGAAGUUGACCUCUCAGAUGCUAGUGUAGCUGAAGCAAGCACGAAAAAUGCUAACAACAGCUUCACGAUCAUCACUCCAUUCAGAAGGCUAAUGCUGUGUGCUGAGAACAGAAAGGAGAUGGAGGAUUGGAUCAGCUCACUGAAGUCUGUACAGACCAGAGAACCCUACGAGGUGGCCCAGUUUAAUGUGGAACAUUUCUCAGGGAUGCACAACUGGUACGCCUGCUCCCACGCCCGACCCACCUUCUGUAACGUGUGCAGAGAGAGUCUUUCUGGAGUCACCUCCCAUGGCCUGUCCUGCGAAGUGUGUAAAUUCAAGGCUCACAAAAGAUGUGCAGUGAGGGCAACAAAUAACUGUAAAUGGACUACCCUGGCCUCCAUUGGGAAGGACAUUAUAGAAGAUGAAGAUGGCGUCGCGAUGCCUCACCAGUGGCUCGAGGGCAACCUGCCUGUAAGUGCCAAGUGUGCUGUCUGCGACAAAACAUGUGGCAGUGUUCUCCGUCUACAGGACUGGAAAUGCCUUUGGUGUAAGACAAUGGUACACACUGCCUGCAAAGAUUUAUACCAUCCAAUAUGUCCACUUGGUCAAUGUAAAGUAUCUAUCAUACCUCCAAUUGCACUAAACAGCACCGAUUCCGAUGGUUUCUGUAGAGCAACAUUUUCGUUCUGUGUUAGUCCUCUAUUGGUUUUUGUCAAUUCUAAGAGUGGAGAUAAUCAGGGAGUAAAGUUCCUUCGUCGCUUUAAACAGUUGCUAAAUCCGGCUCAGGUGUUUGAUUUAAUGAAUGGAGGUCCUCAUUUAGGUUUAAGAUUAUUUCAGAAGUUUGACAAUUUCCGGAUUCUUGUUUGUGGAGGUGAUGGAAGUGUAGGUUGGGUUUUGUCAGAAAUUGAUAAGCUCAACUUGAAUAAACAGUGUCAGCUGGGAGUGUUGCCUUUGGGUACAGGAAAUGACCUUGCCCGAGUUCUUGGCUGGGGAGGUUCAUAUGACGAUGACACUCAACUUCCUCAGAUCCUGGAGAAACUGGAACGAGCCAGUACCAAAAUGUUGGACAGGUGGAGUAUAAUGACAUAUGAACUCAAAUUGCCACCAAAAGCUUCCCUACUUCCAGGACCUCCAGAAGCAGCUGAAGAAUUUUAUAUGACGAUUUAUGAAGACUCAGUUGCAACGCAUCUUACAAAAAUCCUCAAUUCUGAUGAACAUGCAGUGGUCAUAUCUUCUGCCAAGACGCUAUGUGAAACUGUAAAGGACUUCGUUGCCAAAGUAGAAAAGAUGUAUGACAAAACCUUGGAAAAUGCCGUUGUAGCUGAUGCCGUGGCCAGUAAAUGUUCAGUCCUAAACGAGAAGCUCGAACAACUGCUGCAGGCUUUGCACACAGAUUCCCAGGCUGCACCUGUUCUCCCUGGCCUCAGCCCUCUCAUUGUGGAAGAAGAUGCUGUGGAAUCGUCCAGUGAGGAGUCCCUGGGUGAAAGCAAAGAACAGCUCGUGGAUGACGUUACAAAACCUUCCUCCCAGAAAGCUGUCAAACCAAGGGAAAUCAUGUUGCGGGCAAAUAGUUUAAAGAAAGCAGUGAGGCAAGUCAUUGAGGAAGCUGGAAAAGUUAUGGAUGACCCGACAGUUCACCCCUGUGAACCAGCUAAUCAGUCCUCUGAUUAUGACAGCACAGAAACAGAUGAAUCUAAGGAGGAAGCUAAAGACGAUGGUGCCAAAGAAUCAUUAACUGUUAAAACUGCACCUUGGUCUCCAGACGCCCGGACAAGUUAUGGCCAUUCCCAAACUGAUUCUGUCCCUGGUCCAGCUGUGGCAGCAAGCAAAGAAAACCUCCCUGUGCUCAAUACCAGAAUAAUCUGCCCAGGUUUAAGAGCAGGACUGGCUGCCUCAAUUGCUGGGAGUUCGAUUAUCAACAAAAUGUUACUGGCAAACAUUGAUCCUUUUGGUGCCACGCCGUUUAUUGACCCAGAUCCAGAUUCCGUAGAUGGAUAUUCAGAAAAAUGUGUCAUGAACAAUUACUUUGGGAUUGGAUUAGAUGCAAAAAUUUCAUUAGAAUUUAAUAAUAAAAGAGAGGAGCACCCUGAAAAAUGCAGGAGCCGAACUAAAAACUUGAUGUGGUAUGGAGUCCUUGGAACCCGGGAGUUAUUACAGAGAUCGUACAAGAAUUUAGAACAAAGGGUUCAACUUGAGUGCGAUGGGCAGUAUAUUCCUCUUCCCAGCUUGCAAGGCAUAGCCGUGUUGAACAUUCCCAGCUAUGCUGGAGGCACUAACUUUUGGGGUGGAACUAAAGAGGAUGACAUAUUUGCUGCACCAUCCUUUGAUGACAAGAUCCUGGAAGUUGUAGCAAUAUUUGAUAGCAUGCAAAUGGCAGUUUCAAGGGUCAUUAAACUGCAGCAUCAUCGAAUAGCCCAGUGCCGUACAGUGAAAAUCACUAUAUUUGGUGACGAAGGAGUCCCAGUGCAAGUGGAUGGUGAAGCGUGGGUUCAGCCUCCAGGGAUUAUCAAAAUUGUGCACAAAAACAGAGCACAAAUGCUAACAAGGGACAGAGCCUUUGAGAGCACUCUGAAAUCUUGGGAAGAUAAGCAGAAGUGUGAUUCUGGUAAACCAGUUCUCCGAACCCAUUUGUACAUCCAUCAUGCCAUUGACUUGGCAACAGAAGAGGUGUCGCAGAUGCAGCUGUGCUCCCAGGCUGCAGAGGAGCUCAUUACUAGGAUCUGUGACGCAGCCACGAUUCACUGUCUUUUGGAGCAAGAACUGGCCCAUGCUGUGAAUGCCUGCUCCCAUGCCCUGAAUAAAGCCAACCCAAGGUGCCCGGAGAGUCUUACAAGGGACACUGCCACUGAAAUAGCCAUCAAUGUGAAGGCGCUGUAUAAUGAAACAGAAUCUUUGCUAGUUGGCAGGGUUCCCAUGCAGCUGGAAUCGCCACAUGAAGAGCGGGUAUCCAAUGCCUUACACUCUGUGGAGGUGGAAUUACAGAAACUGACAGAGAUUCCUUGGCUUUAUUAUAUCUUACACCCAAAUGAGGAUGAGGAACCUCCUAUGGAUUGCACCAAAAGAAACAACAGAAGCACCGUAUUUCGAAUAGUGCCAAAGUUUAAAAAGGAAAAGGUUCAGAAGCAGAAGACAAGUUCACAGCCUGGACCUGGGGAUACCGAAAGUGGGCCAUGUGAAGCGAAUUCUCCAGGGAAUUAAAGAGCUUGGAAGGAGCACUCCACAGUCGGAGGUGUAAUCAUAUUGGUGCUAUUCCUUGGAAGAGAAGUUAUUGCCACUUAAUACAAAGUCCUUGGAAGCAAGUGGCUGUUCUUGUAGUUUUCUGCUUAGAUAAGUAAGCACCACUGAAGCAUUUCUGUGGCUUGAUAUUUUGCUGUGGGUGAAAUUUUGAUUUGAGGUAUUAGAAAAUAUUUUUGUGCCAAACAAUACAUUCCACAAAGCCAUUUUCUUUUUGUGCAAACCUGACAUGUUCAAAUAUAUUCACAAUAGUAAUAAGGUAGGAGGAAUCUGAGACGAUUGCAUUGUCUAAAAGGUGGAAUUGCAAAAUGUUUACUUUCCAUAGAUCUGGUCUGAUGGAAUGUUCCUACGUGCAACUGCGUAACAAUAUGUGGUUAAAACUUCCUGGGUUUCAUUACUGGGGGGCAUUGGCCAUUUUCUUAAAAUCAUAGGUUAGGAGACUAAAAUAUAAAUUAAGUUGUGAUUUGAAUGUAGAUUGGUAUCACCUCCAACUCCUAGUGCUUAGCGGUCAAAGAAUAUGUUGAAAACCUUUCCAAUACUAUGAAUGAAUGCAAAUCUUAAUGCACGAUGUUCCUGCCUGAAAUGUCUUUCUUUUUCUUGCAUGUCACAUCUAAUAUUGUAACACUUUAAAUAGCUUUCUUGUCAGUUUUAAUGUUAAUGGGAUUUAAUUUAUUACUAAAGUACAUUUUUGUUGGCUAAGGGCACUGCACUUUUCUGUUUUUUAAUGUGGGAUUUUGCAUAAAUAUUCUGUACCUAAGACUUUGCGAAAGUGUGUCUGUGUCAUAAUCAACAAAUGAUAUACAUCAUAUGCAAGUCAAUUUUAUUUCAAUCUAUGAUAAGCAGUAGGUGUGCACGUUAAGAAAAUUCUCUGGAUAUUUUCAUAAAAUUACGUGCUCCCUUACCUGACAAAACUUGUUACAGCUUUCCAAACCAAAAUUUCCACAUUUUGUUUCUAAUUUUUAAUUUCAAUUUAAUAAUUAUUUAAUAUUCUAUUUGAAUUUAUAAUAUAGUAAAGUGUUGAUAUCCAGGAAUUCCCUGAGGUCCUAACUGAGAUUUAUAUACUGACAGAUAACCCAGACUCACCCGCUCUCUACAGUGACUUCCGACACGAACUUCCGAACAGAAGAGAUUUAAAUUUUUUCUUAAGGGCUUUAUGUUGUUAUUAUUAUUAUCUCACUUAAUUCUUAAUUCUUAUCAGGUGGAUAUUAUUCUCCUUUUUCUAAACCACUCUACUUCAGUGUAGCUUAUUAUUAGAAGUUAACAUUACAGUGAUCAAAUCUUUGAAAGCCAAAGGCAUACGUAUCAAAAAGUCACAAAAAUAUCCUUAAAUAAGCUUUCUUUAGCCAUUAUAUACCAAAACAUUAAUUAUAAUAUUUUAAAAUUUGUAUAUAAGAGAAAUAAACAGGGUACUGACUCAGUGGUGACAAUUUUUAUGAAGUAGCCUGCUAGGUGCUUAAUAGAUAUAUAUACACACAGAUAUAUACAUAUACACAUAUAUGUGUAUAUACACAUACAUACACAUAUACAUUUAUAUGUGUAUAUAUAUACCUACAUACAUAUAAUCUUGUGAUAUGGCAUCAUUGAUAUUUUCUAGACAAUUAUUUCCCCAGUGUUUAAAGAGAAAUACUAAUAGGCGAGCGUUUAAAAUGAACUAUUGUCAGGUAUAUUAUUUAAUUAUAUCAAAGGAGUUUAACUGUUUGACCCUUUACUCUUGUUUAUAACUUGGGUAUUUAACUACUAGUAAAAAUCACAAAAUUUUAAUGUCUUUAAAAUAAAUGACCCUGAGGGAUUCCUGAUCAAGUAUGUCUGACUAUAUAUUUUACCUAAGUUGUAAAUAAAUGGAAAUUUUCCAAAGACAGUUAUAUCAAGUAGUUUAAAAAGAGUCGUGAGGCAGGGUGCUGUGGCUCACACCUGUAAUCCCAGCACUUUGGGAGGUUGAGGUGAGUAGAUCACCUGAGGUCAGGAGUUCGAGACCAGCCUGACCAGUGUAGUGAAACCUCAUCUCUACUAAAACUACAAAAAUUAGCCGGGUGUGUUGGCGGGCACCUGUAAUCCCAGCUACUCGGGAGGCUGAGGCAGGAGAAUUGCUUGAACCCAGGAGAUGGAGGUUGCAGUGAGCUGAGAUCCCACCACUGUACUCUAGCCUGGGUGACAGAGUAAGACUCCAUCUCAAAAAAAAAAAAUAGUCAUGAAUUACUCAAUUAUUCUAAUUGUAUCUGCACUUAUGAAGUCAGAGGUCUCCUUUUUCAGUCCCUCUGAUAGUCCCACCUAAGUGCUGUCCUGCUCCUGUGAACACUUUCCUGUGCAACCAAACAGUAGGUGCCAGGUUCCCAGAACUCUCUGACAUUACAGAUCUCUGUCCAUCUCUACUAAAAAAAGGAAAUAUGAGGGAAAGAAGGGGAAGAACUCUAGCAUAAAUAAUGUAUUAAUAUAAAUAUGUAUAUUGAUUUUCACCCCCCAUCCCCCUUUGCUAAUAGAAAAGAGUCUAGCUAUGACGUGUCCCAAAUUUAAGAGUGUGAUGUGAAGGAUUGAAUUUUUGUUUGUUUGUUUGUUUGGUGAUCUUUUCACUGGUAGGUAACAUCUUUUGUAUAUGCUGUAAAGUCUCAGUUAAUGGAAUCCUACAGUGCAUUUCUGGCUAGCUCGGUUGGUAGAGCCUGAGUCUCUUAAUGGAAUCCUUAAUUACCUAGAAUUUUCCUGCAAAUGGCUUUGGAUGAGGGAAAUUCUACAAAAUGACAAUUUGGAUAUACUUUUUGUUAAAUGAGAGCAAUUUUCUCUGUAUGCUUUGUCUAUGCAUGGCUGUGCAAGGCCCAAAUGACUUCACUGACACCUGUUUCCAGGAGGGGGUCUUCAGAGACUCCUUAGGCUCUUGUCAGUAUCAUAAAUAAUUCCUCUUCUUAAAGCAGAUGUGGUUACCAAAAAAAAAUAAAAAGUAGGGAAGGGCUUCUCCAUGGGAUCGGAUCACAGCUUUGGGGAGUGGGAUGGGGCCUCUGUGCUUUGAUCCAUGCAUGAGCUGGGGUGAGAAGUUCCCACCUGCACCUGACUGCAAUGACUGUAAUAGCUGGAAUUGUCACCUCUUCUCCCUGAUAGGCUCUUCCUCACCUGGAGGAUCAGGGCUGGUGGGAGGGCAGGGAAGGGGAGGCCAUCAGCCAGAAUGUAUUUUCUUUCAGUUCCGUUUCCUGAGGAAGAACUUGCUUUUAAAGGAGGAAAGGGACAGAAUGAGACCUAAAUAAAAUUCCUGAGUAUGCAAUAUUUCUCUUUAGUGUCUCUUCACCUCCCUUUCUGAGUUUCUUUCCUACAUUCUGGCUCUUCAUUUUCCCAAUGUCCAAUAUAAUCAUGGUUGCUGAAAUUCUCACUGCCUUCUACUUUCCUUUCCCCAUCAAUUAACCCACUACAAAAUGACCCCUUUCAUUUCUUGCUUAAGCAUACAUGGUGGGUCAUUUAACUAAGUGUUAGGAAGAAAACAAUUUAAAGACACUAAUUUUACAGUUUGCAUUCUGUAAAAGGAUACUUGCUAGAUAAUCUAAAUGAAUUGAUGGAUUAGAUCAUUUAGGACUGUGAUAUAUAUUGUUCUUGCCGACAAGAAAUGACCCAUGAAUGUCUAGAUCUAUCCUGUCUGAUAUUGUAGCUACAUGUGGCUAUCUAAAUUUAAAUGUAAUUUAAUUAAGCCAGGCACAAUGGCACAAGCCUGUAAUUCUGGUGACUCAGGAGGCUGAGGAGGGAGGAUGGCUUGAGGCCAGGAGUUUGAGACCAGCCUCGGCAACAUAGUGAGACCCUGUCUCUGAAAAAACAUUUUUUUUUAACUAGCUAGGCAUGGUGGCAUGUGCCUGUAGUCCCUGUUACUCUGAAGGCUGAGGUGGGAGGAUUGCUUGAGACCAGGAGUUCAAGGCUGCAGUGAGCCAUGAUCAUGCUACUGCCCUCCAGCCUGGGCAGCAGGGCAAGACCCCUACUCUUUAAAAAAAUUAAUUUAAUUAGAAAUUCCAUUUCUCAGUUGCACUAACUACAUUUCAAGUGUUCAGUAACCAUAGUGGACAGUACAGAUGUAGAAAAUUUCCAUCACUGCAAAAAUUCUAUUGGACAGCACUGGUGUAGAUCAUUGCUACUCAAAAUGUGAUCCAUGGGCCAGCAGCAUCAAUAUUACCUGGGAGCUUACAGAAAUGCAGAAUUUCAGGUCCACUUCAGAUCUACGGAAUCAAAAUCUUCCUUUAGCAAACUUUCUCAAAUGAUUAGCACUGGCCUACAUCCAUUUUAUCCUUCCUUAGCUAUUAGGGAUGUGAGGUCCGAGGGCUUCAAAAGGUCCCCGGAAUAGCUUGUUCCUUCAUCCACUGUUUCCUAUUCAUUCUUCAGCUAAUUCCAGCAAUGAGCUGAAACUCAUUCAUCACCUUUGCUGAGUUUUCUUCUCAAUCCUUAUUCCUAAUUCUGAUUCUAGAUGAGCCCUACCUACCCAGUGGUUGUAUUUUGGUAGCCAAUGUGGGACACAGGAGAUUGGCGGACCAACACAGCUGGCCUCUCUCUAGCCCUCCCUCCACCUCUAAGUCACUAACAAUCCACGUUUGCUCAGUUUGUUGACAUGUGGCAUGUUCAUUUGUUUACAACUUAAUCAUGGGGAACAUUUCAUAAAAAUAUGUACUGAGAUAAGUUAAAACCAUGUUUAGUCUCCUACAACUUGUAUAUUUUCAUUUUCUCUUAUCAGUAGAUUGUCCUUGUUGACAUAGCUCAUGCAUGAGGACACAUAGCAGUACACACACAUUGAAUGAAUUAGUCAUGCAAAAAAGAAAGAAAAGGGAUGAACCAAGAUGAUUACAAGUUAAUCUCAUUUAAGCCCUCUAAAAAGGCUUGCUUUGCUAGAUUUAGAUCUGUUUUCCUUACGCUCACUUAUCUUGAUGUUCACAUGGUUAAUAAUUCCUUAAAAUAGUGCCUGAAAAAUAAUAUUUCAUAUUCUUGACCCCCAAAUAACAGUUUACUUAAUUCUAUAAUAAGAUUUUUCCCAAUAAGACUUAUUGUCAAGAAUCCUUCUCUUAAUAACUUUUACCUAUUGAUAUAAUGUACCAAAACACAAUUGCCUAGAGAUGCUUUAGUUAAUUUUUAUUAAUAAAGAGGACAAUAUUUUUGUCUUCAUGGAACUUAUUUUUAACAGGAAUCAAGGAAGAAAAUAUUAUGCAGAGCUAUGACUUAGAAAGUUAUAGGGGCUGCCACUAUACAGCACUUCUAAAGUAAAACAUCUUUUAUAUCCAACUGGACUGUCAACAUAGUGGACUUUCAUGCUCUAUGGAUAUGAAUUCUUUAAGGAUAUAGCCCUUAAUUAAACUGUAAAAACAAUGCAUCUCUCAACCUUGACAUUUAGGAUCUCUCCUGUCUGCCCCCUCUACGCCCCACUCCAAUUAACUCAUCCUACGUCUCUCAGAUGUAAGUUGGGUAAGAGUGGGUUUGAAGUUUGAUAAUACAAGUGGCAGUUUUAAAACACCAAAUUCUUUAGAUCAGCCGAAAUGAGGAGUGAGAAGUGAAAAUUCCUCCACUAGUAAUUGUUAGCCAAUAGAAUAGCCUCCCAGAGCAGUCCCCACAGCACUUGGUUGCCAUGGGGUUCUCUCCUCUCACUGCCUGCCCCAGUGCCAUGACGUCUGGGGCUUUUCUCUUCUGUGGCAUCCCCUGAUUGCUUUUGUAUAGCAAUCUCUGUGUCCAAAGUUAGUAAUAUGAUGCCUUUGUAAUAGGAGGCCUUCUUAAAGAAGUAACUGCAACUUUUAAAACGUGAUGAUUAUUGGUUUUUAUAAUACACAAAGCAUUAAUUUUUUCUUAUCUUAUUUUCUCUUUAUUAUUUCUUUCCAAGUUUUGUUUGGAGACAUUUAUGUUAGAAGAAAAACUAUAAAGUUUUAUCAUUGUAGAGAACAGAGAUCAAAGACAGCUGGACUGCACCUGUUUGUAUAAUUAUUUCUGAUAUUUUUAGGAAAAGAAGUUUAACAGAGUAACUCAGACUGAGACUGUUAAACUCUGUUCAUGAUAAACUCCAUAUUACAUAAUAUAGGCGAACAGAUUAAUUCCCUCCAUGUAACUAAGAUAUUCUAUUUACAUUAUUUAUAUACUCUCUUAGUUUUUUAUACACUUCCAAGUUUUAGUUGGAAAAAUGAAAACCAAGCUACUACUUAAAAAUUAUUAAAAACUUCACAUAAAAUAUUUCAUUUUAGCUGCAAGUUAUUCAUUACAUAGGAUUUUAUAAAUAGUGUGGGUAUUCCAUAGGAACUGCAUUUCAAAAGUGAAUUAACCAAACCUAAAAAAAGGGUUACUUUUAAAAUGCAUUAAAAUAAAGAAGUUUCAUACUCAGUUGAUAAUGCCAUUAAGGUAGGGUAAUGCAGUUAUAUAUACAAACUAAAAAGGAAAAAGAAUAUGUUUUGUUGUCCUUAAUGUUUGAUUGCACUAUUGUUUCCCACAGCUUAGCCAUAUCUAUUUCUGUAUACCAAGUAUUAAGCUGAUAUGUAGCUAAAUAUUUCUUACAGUUCUGGUAACUGGUAACUAGUGCUGUGAAAGGUUUUGGUAUUGUAACAUUCCCAGUUUUGUGAGUUAUAUAUUGUAUAUUGAAGAAGACUAGUAAAUUCAAGUAAUAUAUUUAUCUAGAGCUGGGAAAAUAUAAUUAUUUUCAAAUCUUCAAGUAAGUUGUAUCGAAUGUUUUUCUUCCUCUUAAGUGAGAUAAAUCUCACUUUUAUGUUAAAAUAUCUAUUUAUACAACAGGUUUCUCCUUUUGCUGUUAUUAAUUUUCAUAUUAAAAUUUUUCUUAUCUUUUUGUAUCAAAAUAAUUAUGCUGGCUAUUCAAACUGCCAAGAUGUAUUUUAGUUUGCAGGAUUUUUGGCAGACAAAAUAUUUAAUAACAAAUAUAAAAGCUUUGUAUAUUUUGUGGCAUUAGGAGCAAGAAUUUUACCUUUGAAUUUCUCUAUGUGAGGCAGUGCUGGUAUCAGCAAAGUCAGUAACAGACAGUAUUACUUGUAAUCAUCAAAAGAAGGUUUCCACAAGUUGUAUAAAUCAGUGCAUUUAUUUAUUAUGUUGGGAAAUUUAAGCUUUAUAUGAAAUACAUAUUCUAGCUCUUUUCCUUUUUACUGCUGUUGCUUAGAGUGUAUAGUUCUGUUGAUGAUUUACUUAUGUACUUGAAGUACUCAUUUCUGUCAAACAGAUGCCCAACUAUUUUCCUUUUAAAAAACUGUAUUCUUUACUGUAAUAGCAGAAUAGUAAUAGACACUCUGUUAAAAAAAUAAGUUUCGUGUUUAAAAUAAAUAUUUUUUAAAAAUAUAAAGCCAAAAUGAAAUCACCAAUAUUAAGGAUUUAAUGUAGCCAAGGGAUUCAGUGCGUUAUAUUUUGCCAAUAUGUAUUUUAUCUUCAUGUCACAACUUAUUUUCUGUAGCCAAUUCUCAGUUUUAGUUGAAGAGAGAUCUCAGUGAUUGUACUGCCAAUAUGACAUUCAAAUGAACGUUAGGAAUCUUGAACCGUGGCUGAGCGCUGUGGCUCAGGCCUGUAAUCCCAGCACUUUGGAAAGCCAAGGGAGGUAGAUUACCUGAGGUCAGGAGUUCGAGACCAGCAUGGCCAACAUAAUACAAAAAUUAGCCAGGCGUGGUGGUGGGUGCCUGUAAUCCCAGCUACUCAGGAGGCUGAGGCAGGAGAAUUGCUUGAACCCAGGAGGUGGAGGUUGCAGUGAGCCAAGAUCUCGCCACUGCACUCCAGCCUGGGCGACAGAGCGAGACUCUGUCUCGGGGGAAAAAAGAAGAAUUUUGAACCCCUUCACAUAUCUAGCAGUUCUUGGUUCCAGGGUGGAUAUUUUUAACAUAUGUUUGCAUUUGGUUCUGGGAUAGUAACCAUUAUGGAUAAUUGUUUGUUUCUGUCAAGUCAGUGAGAUUUUAAUUGUUUGAAUUAUUUCUAUUUAAAAUUACUCUCAAUUUAACUAUUUAAAAAACUAAAAAUUUAAAACAUAAUGGCACAACAUACCACACAGAAUAAAACACAUGUUUUCAAGGAAGAAGAAAAAACUGUUUUGACUUAAUGUGAAGCAGGGGUUUACCAAAGAAAAUUGCUUUAAUAAGCCCUAACUUUAACUGUUUUCUUCUAUGUUACAGUGUUAGCAGUUGGUGUAUUGUGUACCAUUUAAGAACUCACAGGAGACCAAUAAUUAAUUUACUAUAAUUUUAAAGGCAAAGAGUUUUAUAUUAAUUUUACUGUUGCACAAGUGGUUAUUGGAGGUGGGGAAAAAAAGAAAACCGGUGAGAGAAAUUACAUGGAAAUUAUAGGAAGAAGGAACUUGAGUUGGUUAUUUGGCAAAGAUUUGGGAACAAAUAGUUUGAACAUAGAUUUCUUUCACCUUAUAUGGUAGAAACACAAAGUACACGUGAGCUGUAUAGUGUGCUGAGCACACCCCCACAAAACAAAAAAUAUCACAUUGAUAAAGUCCGAGACUGUAUCUAGAUCUUAGCUUAACUAGUGAAUUCAGGGAGCACAUCCUACUGUUGAAAUUUAGAAGUCAGUAAGAAGGUAGUUCAGAUGACCUAAUCAUUCAAGAUAUUUGAUGGAGUCCACACAAGGGUUUAUGAUAUGGGGCAAAUAUCUGUGCUUUCUCAUCUCAGUGAUUGAUGUCUGGAGAACUAGUCAGACACACUUAGCUGGUUCCUAUAGAAAAACACCAGUAAAUGUGGAUCAGACCAUACCCUGCAGACCAAGGAGAUUUUCUUAAACUUGCUAAGCCUUUCUUAAACUUGAUAAGUAUUAGCAAUGAUAAUUGCUAAAUGGAUUUUUUCCUUUCACUGAAACAACAAAACAAUUAUUGAAAUUCACAAUACCUAGAGAUGGGAAUAUGGUUUAGAUUUAUCAAGUUCUGUAACUGACUUUGGCAUUGGCUCAUUGUGUCCUUUCUACAAGUUAUGUUUUGGUGACUUGGUGUCCCCAGUUAGAAAUGGCACACAGUAUUAUCAGUCGUUAGUACUUGGUAACGUUUCUUUUACUAAAGGAAUUAUAUAAGUAUGAAUCAUACCUAAUUUUACAAUUUCUUUCCCACGGUCAUUUUAGAUAUAAAGAUAGACUUCCCAGACGGUGAGGUUAGAAAUUAGAAGUUCAAAUUGAUAUCCCUGAUGUUCAAUUUAAAAAUGAAAGUAAAGUUAAAAUUAGUAGCAUUUGUACCAGAGUAGAUUAUGGGUAUUUUCAUCUGUUAUAUUACAGUUCAUAUUAUUCAUUUUAAGAUAGGCCAAAACUCACUUCUAAAAUCUUCAAAAAUUUUGAAUAGUUUCAUUUUUUCAGUACUUAAGCCAAACAACAAUUUUAUAGAUGUGAAUAUAUAUUUUUUAAAGUUAAGUCCUUCAUAUCUUUUCUUAGUUUAACUCCCCAAAGAGGAAAAUGUCUCUUUAAACUAGUAGUUAAAAAGAUGGAGUAUGUGAUGUUCCUUUCUCUGUACUGAGUUCUGAAUGUUUAAUCCAGAGCAUGGAUCACUGACUGCAUUCUCUGACUGUGGAAUGGUAUUCUUUCGUGCAAAGUAGUUUCAAAACUUCCCAUAAAGAAACUAACUAGAGAUUGUCUUUAUUAAUUAAUGGAACUCUGGGUAUGAUUAAGGGAAUUAAAUUAGAAAGUAGAAUAACCUAGUUAAAAUCAUUAUAUUAGUUAUACAUGAGAGUCAGUGAACGAUGACUUGAUUUUUACAUGACAUUUGAAUUCUGUCACUAUCUGAUUCUUGACCUAAAGAUUUCUUUGCUAAAUCUGGUAUUUAUUAUAGUAUAAUAUGAUAAUUUGGAGCUCCUUUUGCAUCUCACUGCCCCAAAAAUGUUGGAAUGCCAUAUGAUACAGGGAAAAGAUUGGAGUUCAUCACCAUGGAAUUUUGACUUGUCUUAAUGACACAAGUUAAUUUUCAUGAUAAUAGAUCUCUAAAUGAUUAAUCCAGAAUGAUUUGGUACAGCGACUGGAAGAAAUUGUUUUUCUGGGAAUUUGCUUCCCAUAAUGACCUGACAUACAGGUGACCUUAGUAUAAUUGAAAUUAAUUAUAAUUUUAAUUAGAACAUGCUCUGUUUACAGAUUAUAAUUGUGCAGCAUUUUAAAAAAAUAUACAUAAUUAUGAGGAUGAGAGAAUUGCAAACUUGAACAGUUCUUUUGUUUUCUCUCCUUUUACUUGAAAAGCUUUCAGAAAGCUUUUGAAAGAUGACACAGUUUUCAUAGCAACGGUAUGCAAAUUAGGUUCUUCUCCCAAGAAACUCAUAAACCAAAGUAUGGAAUAACACAAAUGCUUAAUCUUAAUCUUGGCUUUGGAUUUUGUAAGCAAAAGCAUUUUCCGCAUCAAUUUUUUUCAGUAUGCAGUUGCAUAUUUCAUUUUUUGAUUAUGUCAAAAGUUGAAUUCUCAUUUUAUGCUAUGUUUCUCAUUAGUUGCAGUAAAGUGUUGAUUUCAUUGCUGCCUUUCAGGCCGUCGUCAAACAAACCCUCACCAUUUUUCACUCCUGUGCUUUUGCCAUAGGUUUUUUUUUUUUUUUUUCCAGCAACUAGUUUUUCUACUUUCACUCUUUCCCACCAGAGUGGUCUCUCUAAAACAAAUUUGCUAAAAGUUCUUAAGUAGGCCCUUUUUUCUGUAAAUUACAGAAUAGCAAACUAACUCCUAAGCAAGAUGAGUUAGUAUCUAUGACCUCGCCUCUUUCUUCCUUUUUAGUAUCCUCACCAACCUUUCCUCUGUUGACUUUUGUAAUCCAGGAAUUUGGAACUACUUAUGACUUAGUGCCUUGGCAUAAUCACAUGCCAUAGAUGAACAUGUUCAAGACUCAGUUCAAAUUUAACUUUCUGUGAAGCCCUACCUAACUUCCCUAGGCAGGUAUUUCCUCCAUGCCUAUGGUUUAUUGAAACUUUUUCUAUUAAAAUAACAUAACAUUUCAAUUACACACACACACACAACCUGUCUCUUCCACUGAAUUUCUCUCUUCCCCUUUGUAUUCUCAGUGUCUAGCUACACAUAAUAGGACUUUGAUAAAUAUUUUUGAAUGAAGGUAAUAUAAAACCCAAACUUCUCUAUAUUUGUGUACUUUCACAAACAAAGGCUUAGAAUUCCACAUGAAAGUCCACAUGAGGUAAGUGUGCAUUCAUGAGCAUGUGUGCACUCUGGGCAAACCAACAGAAGAUAAACAGCAAGGAAGAGCAGUUGUUUUGUGAAAAAUAAUCAUCUGUUAGCUGUAAGUCAGAAAUAUUGGCCAAAUCAGAAUUCUUGUUUCUCCAAAUGAGGCUUCUAACAUUUUCACAUAACUGCCAAACUCUUAUUUGUAAUUCAUAAAUAUGCCCUAAGAUCAUCUUUCUCUUUUAUAGACAUUUAGUGUAUACAGUCCACAUAAAUACAUAUACUGAUUACCUACAGACAAUAAUGAGACUUCAGAAAGAAUCAAAAGCAAUAGUGAUGGUGGAAUUUUUAAAUAAUAUUCAGCUGGGGGGAAAUAGACUGAGUUUGUGUGAUUUCAGGUUAUUUAGAGUUAUUAUUUUAAUGUAAACGUAAGAAGGCUUGUGACUAUUAUCACCCUCUAUAGAAUAUAAGGACUAAAAAUAAAAACUAUUACCUAUGGGCCUGUUUUUCUUUGGGAUUAGAUAAAGCCUUUCUACCAUAUCACCAAAUACUCAUAAAGGCUGACACAGAAAGCUUUUCCAAGUUAAUAAUUUCUAAAAUUAAAUAUCAGGGCCAGGCGUGGUGGCUCACACCUGUAAUCCCAGCACUUUGGGAGGCCGAAGUGGGUGGAUUACCUGAGGUCAGGAGUUCCAGACAAGUCAACAUGGUGAAACCUCUCUCUGCUAAAAAUACAAAAACUAGCCAGGCAUGGUGAUGCACACCUGUAAUCCCAGCUACUUGGGAGGCUGAGGCAGGAGAAUCGCUUGAACCCAGGAUGCGGAGGUUGCAGUGAGCCAAGAUUGCACCACUGCACUCCAGCCUGGACAAUAGAGUGAGACUCUGUCUCAAAAAAAAAAAAAAAAUCAAAAUAUUUGUAAUUAACUGAAAUGCCCUGUUCCUUCAUUCACUCGUUAGACUUUUCUACCUGCUCUAUACUUGGCACUCAAUUAGAUUCUGGGGAUACAAAUAAAAUAAGACAAAGCUCCCAUCUGGUAGAGUCCAAGUUUGUUUUCACAGUUAUUUUUCCACAGUCUGUUUAAGGUAUUAGGAGGACUUUUAUAAACCAAGUGUUUUUCAGGUUACUUCAGAGAGGAGUCUCCUUCCACCCAAAAAAACUAACCAAAUUAUUUUAUCAUAAAGAGGUAAUCCCAUUUUUAUGUGCACAAUUUUUAUAUUUUUGUGUCAGCCACCAAUAAUUUUGACUGUUUUGUCAAGUACAUAUUUCAUCAAUCCUAUUUCCACAGCCAUACAUGUGAUCCCAGUGACUGAUUGAUCUGUAGAAUGUGAACUCACAUUUAAAGUUUAUUUUAGGAAGGCAUAUAUGCCUUUUGAUGACACACACACCAAAAUAUGUAAGAGCUGUGCAUGGUAAACCCACAGUAGAAGGGAAAAAUUAAUGCUUUCUGGUAUACUUCAGAGGCUCCACUUGAAGAUGUGGGUUGAUGUUUCCUUGAUUAUUUUGAAUGAGGAGUAGGCGGUAAUAAUAUUUAACAGACAGCAUACGUAUCUAAGCAUAUAGUAAAUAUUACUAGUACUUGUGUGCCAUGAGGCACUGAUAUAUAGGUGAAACAAAAUAUUUUUAGUUAUAAAAAAUUCUCUAGAUAUUUAUGGAUGGUUAGACAAUAGGGUUCCUUCAUGAGACGGAAAAAACUGUAUCUUUAUUGUCAGUAAGUAUGGAAAAAACCCGACUUGUAUGUAUAUUCACAGUUUGAUAGGCUUAUUUUGAAGUCAUUGUUUCCCAUCAAUAUUAAGUAUCAUCCAUUUCUAUGUUCUCUAGCAAAAGAAAAUGCUUAGUGUGAUACAGCUUUACUCUUUGUACGACUUUGUACAAGGUCCACAAAAGGAGGAGGCUCAAAAGAUUGGACACUUUACCCUGACAUUCAGCACAUUCAUUUUAUCUUUCAAUAAAGAUAACCAGAAAUCAUUUGCCUCUUGUUUAUCACCAUGUAGAAAACACAAGAGUAUAGUUCCUUUUGUCCCUUACAUUGGAAAAGGUAUUUUAAAUUUAGCCUUGCUGUAUUAUUUAUAGUUAGGAAUUUACUACAUUUUGGUAGUCUGUUUUGAAACUAAGCACUUGUGUCUGAAAGAUGCAGAUAAUAUCUAUCUAUUUAUUACACAGUGGGCUCUGUUUGCUGCAGAAAAGAGUGAAACUUUUAACUGCUUAGCACACUUGCCAGUGAAAUAUACCUGACAGAGCAGAGGUUAUAACUUUGGUCUAAUUACUUUUAAUAAUGGUAAGACAACGUGAGUUUUGUUUGUUUACAUGCUGUUUACAAUGGCAUAAUUUUUAAAAUAUAUACAAUGGAGAUAUUUAUUGCCUACUAUUUUAAAGAUGUUUUAUGUGUUUUCACCUUUGGAAUAUAUUGUUACAUUUCCUUGUACAGAUAAUUUGGGUGGCUUUGUUAAUGUAGCUAGUAAUUUUUAUGACUACUAAGUGACCAGUUUUCGGUGCCUUUUAUUGUGGGAUGCAUGAUUAUGUAUUUAUUGUACGGAAGUCACUGAUGUGUGUAUUUUUGUACUUUGCUGAAAGUAAUGGUUGAUCCUGGUGUACAUGAUGAUGAAAGACAUCUUUCCCAAAGGGCACUGGCUUGAGAUCGUCCUUCUCAAAUAAAAAGAAUGCAUUUGAAGAAA